UUUAUUGAUAUAUAUUCUGCUAAUUUUAAUUAGGAAAACUAAGAAAGGUAUUUUGAUACGAAGCACAAAAAGUUACAAUUACGAACCUUUGUACUCUUACCUCUCUGUGGAAAAAAAGAAAUCAUUGAGAAACUGCAGUUUUUCUAUUAAUAGUAACUGCCGUGAUUGCCAUGGUCCUGCGUAAAUAUGACACCGCACCAUGCAGAUUGUGUCCUUCAGCAUUCUUUUAUCACUUUCACUUGAAAUGUUUUUUUGGAAAUCACUGUACGAAGUUAAGUGUUAUUGCCAUGACAGUUUUUCGCCAUAAUUGUGGGGCUUCAUAAUUUAUUAUACCCUGUAACGGUCAACAGUUGUCUCCUGUACAGAUCGGUGCUGGUCAGCUAGUGCUCAGCUGAAGUUUACAGUAUCUUUUGCCCAGAUUUCUCUGGGUUAUGAUGACUCUGCAGCUCUGUGUGGUAUCUGUUCUGUACAAAGUUUACUGCCUGAAAGCCUGGUAUGUUGCCAUAGGUCUCCAGCCUUCCUGCUGUCCCUGAGGUAGUUUCAGCCAGAGAUAUUGGCUCGUAUAAGACGCUAUUCGGACGUCAUGUCUCUCCCAGACUCCUUCAUUCAACGUCAGCAGCUUGAUGCCUCCAUGGCUGACACAUUCCUGGAGCACCUCUGCUUGCUGGACAUUGACCAGGAGCCAAUCACAGCCCGCAACACCAGCAUCAUCUGCACUAUUGGUCCGGCUUCUCAGAGUGUGAUGAAAAUUCAAGAGAUGGUAAAAGCAGGAAUGGAUAUUGCAAGACUGAACUUCUCGCAUGGCUCUCAUGAGUACCACGGUGAAACGAUCAGGAAUAUCAGGGAAGCUGUGGAGACCUUGACUUCGGACCCUCUGUACUAUCGUCCGAUUGCCAUCGCACUUGACACCAAAGGCCCUGAGAUACGCACUGGCCUCGUAAGAGGGCAGGCAGAGGGGGAGGUGCAGCUGAAGAAGGGGACGCGGGUGCAGGUGGUGACAGCUGAGGCUGACAGAGACAAAACGGACGGAGACGUUGUGUGGGUGGAUUACCCCAGUUUGCCCCAGGUGGUCAAGAAGGGUGGAAGAAUCUUCAUCGAUGAUGGGCUUAUUGCCCUUAAAGUGCUGGAAAUAGGCCCUGACUGGGUUCAAACAGAGGUGGAGAAUGGGGGAGUGUUGUGCAGUAGGAAGGGGGUUAACCUCCCAGGAGCAGAUCUGAUCAAUCUUCCAGCGGUCAGCCCCCGGGAUGAGGCCGACCUUCUUUUUGGGGUGGACCAGGGUGUGGACAUGGUGUUUGCCAGCUUCAUCCGCUGUGCUGAAGAUGUGCGGGCAGUUAGAAAGGCUCUGGGUCAGAAGGGACAGGACAUCAAGGUGGUCAGCAAGGUUGAGAGCCGUCAAGGUGUCCAGAACUUUGAGGAGAUCCUUAUGGAAAGUGACGGCGUGAUGGUGGCUCGUGGUGACCUGGGCAUAGAGAUUCCUGCUGAAAAAGUUUUCAUUGCCCAGAAGAUGAUGAUCGGGAGGUGCAACUCUGCGGGCAAGCCUGUCAUCUGUGCCACUCAGAUGUUGGAGAGUAUGGUCAGCCACCCUCGGCCCACACGUGCAGAGGGCAGUGACGUGGCCAAUGCUGUGCUGGACGGAGCUGACUGCGUGAUGCUCUCAGCAGAGACUGCCAAAGGACGGUAUCCAGUGGAAGCUGUGGCCUUGAUGCACUCGAUCUGUAGAGAAGCAGAGGCUGCUAUCUUUCACCAGCAGCUGUUCGAGGAGCUGCGCCGCUUGACCCCGCUGUCCUCUGACCCCACUGAAGUCACUGCUAUUGGAGCAGUGGAGUCCUCAUUCAAAUGCUGUGCUGGAGCCAUUAUUGUCCUUACAACCAGUGGCAGGUCAGCUCAUCUGCUGUCCCGUUAUCGCCCACGUUGCCCCAUCAUUGCUGUGACCCGCAGUGAGAAGGUGGCCCGUCAAUCCCAGCUUCUCAGGGGUGUUUUCCCCGCUCUCUUCCGGCCACAGCCAGCACCAGUCUGGGCCGAUGAUGUCGACAACAGGGUAUCAUUCGGCAUGGACAUAGGGAAGGCCCGUGGAUUCUUCAAGGCUGGGGAUAUGGUGAUUGUAGUGACUGGGUGGAGCCCAGGAUCUGGACACACCAAUAUUAUGAGGGCUGUCACAGUACCCUAGACACUUCAUUUUUUUUACAAAUUGUAAUCUGCUUUGCUGAUAUACUGACAGAUGACUUAAAAUCUGACAAACUGGCUAAUGCAAUCAAUGACAUGUAAGCUAAAAGCAAAUAUGCAUAACCUAAGUUACACUGGCUGUAAUGACUAAAACGCUGAUACUUUGACUGAAGUGAACAUUAAACAUACUGACUGAUUUGCUGGCUGAUUGAUAGUGACACACUAGCUGUCACACAUCAUUAAUAUUCUCUUUACUUAAUCAAUAUUGGCUUGCUUGCUGACAACAGCAAAUGGAUAUUUCACACUAUAAACCUGUUCUGUGCCAAAUGCUGAAUCGCUGCGUUAGUUUCAGGAUUCAGGCUUAAGCCCACGGUUGCUGUCCUCAUACUGUCUGAUGGGCCAUUUGGUGCCAUUACACUGAUAGACAGCGCUCUGCAGGGUGACAGCCUGAUAUACACGGAAACCCUACACCCUGGUCCUACUGAGGUGGAGACUGUAUGAGUUUCUGUUUUCUGCUGUGCUUUAACGAAGCAGUGAUUCCAAUAAAGAUUGAAGCAUGAAUCCUCCAUCCUCACUCUGCUUUUACAGCAAUCAUUUACAAUGGUUUUGAUUUAUUCUCUAGCGUUCACAUUAUUUUGUAUUCAAGCAGUUAUGAAACUUUAAAGAUGUUCUACCAGUUAAAAUGAACUUUCACAAACUUAUUUAAUUUCAAUUAGUUUCUAAUUUGGCCAUGAUAUUUAAUAAACAUAUGAACUGGGGGAAUGGAUAGUGAGAGUCACUAUCUUGCAAUCUGAAGGUUGCUGGUUCUACCCUUUCUGGCUCAUUCAAAAUGCUGCCUCUUGUCUAUAAUGUUCCUUACUAUACGCAUGCCACUCCUGUGAUCUGGUCUCUGAACUUGCUCCCCGUUGCAGCAAGGGUCCAGUUGAAUACCAUCAUCCUAGACUACGGGUACUUACAUGGCUUGGUUUCUCUCCACAUCCAGUGUCCUUUCUGUCAUCACGUAAUCCACGCUUGGCUUCUACCUGAUUUGUCUGUGCUUCCUUUCCCCAAGGACACACUACUGAAUCGCUCAUUCUCUCUUAAGCUAUGGCAUACGCAUCCAGUCAAAUGUUCCACCAGUCAUUUAAAAUUAAAAUUCCGUCAACUUUUGAAGACUGAUUUUUCACUCCUUAUUGCGGAACUGUCUGAUACAUCUUUGUGUGUGAUCUUUCUCACAGGUCUUCAUUGUGUUCUUAACCCUUGCUUCUUUGUCAUAGCUAGAAUUUUCCUUGGAGUUGUUUUUUUCUUUUUGCCUUGUUUGACUUUCUGUUAAAUGACUUGUUGAAUGUCUUUUUCUAGGCUGAUCUUGUGUUACCUGCACCGCUAUAUUUCAUUCAGGCUGUCAUCAUAUGACAGUGACAUUCAGGAUGAUAAAAUAAUAAAAUAACAAUAAA